AUGCUUAUCAGCUGAUUCCCAAGCGGCGAUUUAGAGUGUUGCAUCUGUAGCAUCUUGUGUGUUUCCAAAAGGUUGUUUAUAUUUGUAGACUGUGAAGAUUCUAACCAAAAAAAUCUGUUGCCCUUUUAUUACCCCAAAGGUAUUUAUUUUGCCAACACACAUUUUGUUUUCUACAUCACAAAUCAUAAAUUAAUAACAUAAUUCCGAAACUCUGUCACAUCAUGCAAAAGAAUUUGCACUCAUUCGAUGAAAAUACCGUUGAACAAAUAGUAAGAAUGGUAACAGUAUACUCCACAAAUAUAGACCAUCGUAUGCACCUUCACUGGAUUCAUAAUUAGAUUCCUAAAGUUCUAUGAUUCAUUUCAGUCUAAACCUACCUUAUCGCUUAGUUAUAUGUAUGUAUAUUUAUACAAAAAAUGGACGGAACCGUUCUCAAUGCCGACAGUAUUUUGGAAAUAAUGAAAUAUGUAAUUAUUGAUUGCCAGUUGAAUGAGGGCCGCCAUGUGGAAAUGGGGAUUGUUGACUUUAAUGACUUAAUAAACUUCGUUUUGGCUCACGAAUUCUUCGUGGAAUUGCUUGCGGAUCAUCACAAGAUCCUUUACAAGGAUCUUGAGUUGGCACUAGCGUGCAGAACCAUAAAGCUGCUUAUAGAUCUUCGAGUGAAUAAGCAAUCGAAAAACGAAGAAAUUUUCUGGAGAUCCUUUCUGGAAUCGGUCAGGGAAAAAAGUCCGUUCGAUCUUCAACUGUCUUUUCAAGGCUUAUACGUACAUAUUAAGAUAACAGGCAUCUCAUCGGGCCGCACGCACCAAGAAACGUUAAAAUUUGACUUAACGCUUAAUGCAGACGCAUUGGCUGACAUUCUCAGCUCCAACCAAAAUCUAACCAAGUUGAGCUUUGAAAGCACUGAAGUGCAUGGAGAUCUUUCCGAUAUCAUACCCCAUUGCGCCAAUAUCGAAGAACUGAGAAUCACGUUGAAUGCGGGUGACGUGGCAUCCCAAUAUGAACCACUAGUAAACUUGCCCAAUCUGAAAAACAUUUUGGUUACUGGGUUACAAAGAAGCGAGUCGGAAUCGCUGUUUUUUAGCAAUUUAAAAAAGUGGCACAGGCCAUCGAGUCUUCCACCUUUGACACUAAAAAUCGAAGAUUACCUAACCGACAUUCAUCGACCUAUAACGUUUGCCACUUUCAAUUCAUUACGAUGUUUCCGUGUGAACGAAACCAAAGCUUAUUAUGAACGAAAAUAUAAAUGGAAAUGGAAUGCAAUUUUUAGGGCCGAGUACGAUUUAUCUGCAAUGAAGGACGACAGCAGUUCAAUAGAGGAUUCUCUGGCCACCAUUAGAUUGGGUGAAGGUGUUAAGAUCAAGUUUAUAUGGUCUGAAGGUAAACUUGAGUUAAAGUUACACGACAAUUCAGACAUAAGUCAAAUGGGAUCUUUAUCAAAACUGCCCAAUCUCACUCGCUUGGUUGUACAAAAUAAGACGUAUUGUUUAGAAAAUCCCGAUUCACUUGCCAAAUUCCUGCGAUCAAUGGGUCCAAACGGGUCAUUCGCUUUAAAGUCAUGUAAAAUAAAUUAUGCAGGAUUACAUCAAACUGAGAUUGAAGAGCUCACGAAAAUAAAGUCACUUCGAUUCCUCGCAUGCCACUUACACGACGUGCCUGAUAUCAACUUCAGUCAGAUGACUAACUUGCAACACAUUAAACUCAAUUUCCGCCAAAAUUUCAUUACUUCAAAUGUAAUCCAUAAUCUGCUAAGCAAAUGCCAGGUGCAAGCAACCAUAUUCAGUGAAGAUGUUACCAUUACACUAUUGAGGGCAGAAAAACGUUUAGAGAUCCAUCUGUGUAAUUGUGAAAACACCGAUUUUGCUAUUCCCCUUGCCAAACUAAAGGAUAUUAAUACCCUCGUGAUUUCAGGGCGACAGAAAUUGGAAUAUCUUAAUACGAUCUUCGAUGCUUUCGCAGCCAAUUUAAGUACGAUCGAAGAAUUGAAUUUAUCCGAAUUGCGACCUUACAGGUCCGAAUUAAAAGGCGUACGUUUCAAAGAUAUUUCCAAAGUGACCGAAAUUCAAACCAUUAGGUCACUUCGAUGCUGCGUAUCAGAUGUGACUGGUGUUCAGAAAUUGGCAGAUCUAAACAAAUUAGAGAACUUGGAAAUAUACCAUUCUGGAGAUGGCAAUCUUAUCGAACUUUUGACAAAACUUGCUGAGAAAAAUACAAUUAAAUGUAUAAAAACUGGAAAACUCACCCACGAAGAGGUUUUAAAGAUAACCCAAAUGAGGUCGAUGAAAACUUUGGUGAGUCGUUUAUUAAACGAGGAUGACCUCAAAUUCUUUGCAGAGCUAGCAAACUCCAGUAUCGAAGAAAUAAUAAUUAUGGAAUAUAAUAACUCAAUAUGGGUUACACCCUCUCUGUUUUAUACGAUAAGGGCAAGACAACUUGGUCACUUUGAUAUAUGGCACAAAAAACUUAAUUUUAUUGAAACGGUUGACGUUUCUAAAAUAACAGGACUGAAAAGAUUAUGUGCUGGUUUUGUUGAUGCGGAGUGUGCGGAAAUAUUAGAUAGACUACCUCAGCUAGAGGAUCUAACUAUUGGCUUUAUCAAAACUCCUUUGGAAACUCUGCUAAGGGUUAUAGCACUCAAGUCACCAAUGACUCUCAAAAAAUUGGAGCUAUGCAACUGGAUUGGUGGUAGCGAAUGUGAAUGUUUGACUCAAUUCGAAACAUUGGAAUCUUUAACAUGUUCAUUGCGUAAUGAGAUGGGCAUAGAUCAUUUGGCCAAUAUACAAAACCUUAAAGAAUUACUUAUCCACCGAGAUAGCGCUCCGCUUACUAAUCUUUUCCGUGCCUUUGCCCAAAAAAGUGAUUCCAAGUUGGAGAAACUUCAAGCUCCUGUCACAUGUUCUGCUGAGAUCCGUGAAAUAUCACAGAUUAAAUCACUAAAAACACUAAAUGUUGAUUUGACGAAAAUGUGUGAUAAUUUAUCAAACCUCAGUAGAUUGAAUGAACUAAAAUCGUUGAGUAUAAUUGAUAGUUGUGGAUGUAAAUUAAAUAGUGAUAGCUGUUUAUCAAUUUUUCGGUAUUGUCAAAAGCUUAAUCGGGUCGAUUUGGGAUUUUAUUAUGGGGUGGCUUUAGACUUAGUCAGUCAAGUAAACAAUGUUCUGAAAUCUAUUAGAGAUCCCGCAAAUCAGAAACCGCUAAAACUAAGUAUUUUUAGUGUAUCGAUUUACCCGAAAAUCCAUGUGGAAGACAUUGAUGAGUCAAUCUUGAACGUCUCUUAUUCGUACGAAACAAAAAUGGGUGCUGUCGAAAUAGAAUUUAAUUCUGAUAACGAGGAUUCAGACGAUUCAGAUUCUUUUGACUAUGAUUAGUUAAAACCUUAUUUUUAAGAAAUAGACUCACAAAAUCUGACAAAUAAUACCAGAGAAAACGCUACAGUCAAAUUCCCCGACUAUCAGAUAACCGUGAUAGUGAUUAUGUGAUAAUGUGAUUAUAAAAGUAUAUAUUACUUUUUUGCAAAACAAUUGUUAUCUUAAUGCCUCAAUUACUGUGUAAUUCUCAGCCCAUAUACAAGGUAUUCACCACAACCGACAUUUUUGGUGCUAAGGCUUACUUCGGUUACAUCCAAAAGACUUUUCAAAUAGCUGAAACCUGUAGAUAGCUCUCUGUAAACGCACUUCAUAUUAAUCGGCCAACGUAGUUCCUAGAAGUCCUUUAAUUCCAGAAAGCUGUCAUUGAAAAGUUGCUGCGCACAUGUGACACACACUCCAUGGGUUCUCUGCCUUCUGUAAAUUCAUCAAAUAGAUAUCUUGCGAAUGUAGUUAGCCACCACCUGGGCAUCCCGUUUGUCCAUUAGCUCCUUGAGGACAGAAAAGUACUGAAAUUUGCGCGCCAACAGUUAAAGAAAACACAGAUUCUACUCACAUUGGGGGGUUUUGGUGGGAACAUAACUAAAACUUUAGCUAAAUAUAGAAAAGACGUUCACAAAAUACACAAAAAAGGUAUAAUCCAUCUAAAAUUCACCAAAUAUGAUAAAUCAAUUUAAUGAAUUUCACAAUAAGAAUUUAUUAAAGUAAAUACCUGAAACUUUAAAAUUCAUUUUAAAUCAUUAAAAUUGGACCUAUCAAUCGCAAGUUUGACCACUUUGAAAUGCACCUUUUGUUGCGACGAAAAGUAAUCAAAACUCCGCUGUGCUGCAAAAAUGAACAGUUGUUCUCCGUUUACACUAUAUUUUUAGAAUGUCCCGUUAAAGUUAAGACAAAACGGUUUUGCCAUAGACAUAUUUGGACAUUUUAGGGACAAUCUGGUUACUUUUCGUAAAUAUUUGGAAACAUUAUUUUCAUUUCUUGCCUAUGGGCGCAACCACUGUGCACUGCCAGUUGUGACCGAGCAUGCUUAUCAGCUGAUUCCCAAGCGGCGAUUUAGAGUGUUGCAUCUGUAGCAUCUUGUGUGUUUCCAAAAGGUUGUUUAUAUUUGUAGACUGUGAAGAUUCUAACCAAAAAAAUCUGUUGCCCUUUUAUUACCCCAAAGGUAUUUAUUUUGCCAACACACAUUUUGUUUUCUACAUCACAAAUCAUAAAUUAAUAACAUAAUUCCGAAACUCUGUCACAUCAUGCAAAAGAAUUUGCACUCAUUCGAUGAAAAUACCGUUGAACAAAUAGUAAGAAUGGUAACAGUAUAUUCCACAAAUAUAGACCAUCGUAUGCACCUUCACUGGAUUCAUAAUUAGAUUCCUAAAGUUCUAUGAUUCAUUUCAGUCUAAACCUACCUUAUCGCUUAGUUAUAUGUAUGUAUAUUUAUACAAAAAAUGGACGGAACCGUUCUCAAUGCCGACAGUAUUUUGGAAAUAAUGAAAUAUGUAAUUAUUGAUUGCCAGUUGAAUGAGGGCCGCCAUGUGGAAAUGGGGAUUGUUGACUUUAAUGACUUAAUAAACUUCGUUUUGGCUCACGAAUUCUUCGUGGAAUUGCUUGCGGAUUCUUGCGAAUGUAGUUAGCCACCACCUGGGCAUCCCGUUUGUCCAUUAGCUCCUUGAGGACAGAAAAGUACUGAAAUUUGCGCGCCAACAGUUAAAGAAAACACAGAUUCUACUCACAUUGGGGGGUUUUGGUGGGAACAUAACUAAAACUUUAGCUAAAUAUAGAAAAGACGUUCACAAAAUACACAAAAAAGGUAUAAUCCAUCUAAAAUUCACCAAAUAUGAUAAAUCAAUUUAAUGAAUUUCACAAUAAGAAUUUAUUAAAGUAAAUACCUGAAACUUUAAAAUUCAUUUUAAAUCAUUAAAAUUGGACCUAUCAAUCGCAAGUUUGACCACUUUGAAAUGCACCUUUUGUUGCGACGAAAAGUAAUCAAAACUCCGCUGUGCUGCAAAAAUGAACAGUUGUUCUCCGUUUACACUAUAUUUUUAGAAUGUCCCGUUAAAGUUAAGACAAAACGGUUUUGCCAUAGACAUAUUUGGACAUUUUAGGGACAAUCUGGUUACUUUUCGUAAAUAUUUGGAAACAUUAUUUUCAUUUCUUGCCUAUGGGCGCAAGCACUGUGCACUGCCAGUUGUGACCGAAUUCUCUCUCCAAGUCGGGAAUAUUGAUAUAUGUAUUCAGUUUGUCGUUCGGAUUGAUAUUCGUUUUAACCGACAAUUCGAACUCAUGAUAUACAGAAUGGAUAAAAUUUCAAUAAAACUGUGCGGCAGUUCUUUUACGAAAGUGGGUAUAUCUAAUUCUACCAGGUACUCGCUGGCAUUUCGUGGGUUCGACAAGGUUAAUAAAACGAUAGUUAGACCGUAGCGAUGCAGAUGAGUCAGGGUCUCAAGCCAUUUAAAUUCUUCCUGGGGCCAAGAAUUACCAUUCAUCUCGAACUGGGACCAUGUGAGCCCUUCGCCUAGAGAAACCAGUUUCAUGUACUGGCCCACGUCACACAUAUUUCGCGGUGCUUAACGGCAACUAAGGUAGUAACGAAGGACCGUGCCAUCUACACUGGAUGCCUUUAAGAGCGGCGAUUAAGAACUCUGCUCAUUAGUUCGUCCAUUAGUUUGUAGCAUUUGUAUAAUAUCUAAGAAGGAGUCGUUGGUUGCAGUAAUUAUCACAGGAAUUGCCCUCCUCGUCCACAUAAUUAAGGAUGCCAUUUAGAAGUCUUGUGUUGGAGCUGGCCGCCACAAAGGGUGUUUAGUUUAGUGCGAGCGCACUGGAACAUAAACCGUCGCAUCAAAGACCAGAAAUACUAUUGUUACCUAGGCUUUCGACCUCGAUUGACAUCCCACAGGACUUUAACCCACUCUUGUAGGAAAUACAAUUUCAUUGAGUGUAAAAUAGAAAUUAAACAUACUCCAUUGCUUUGUUUAAAGAAAACAUACCUUUACGCUUGUUAAAAUCAAUUUUCAUAUACAUACAUAUGUGAUACAAUUUUCACACAUGUUAUUGUUUAAAACAUGCAUCUUGCUUAAAGUAUAAUUGUCCAACGCGUUAUUGCUGAAUUUCUGCUUUUGUUAUUUUGAUAUCUGUAGGCUUAUGUUUGCAAUUGGGAUUUUUAAACCAGCGUUUUUUUUAUUGUUCCUAGUAAAAGUUCGCAGUAGUCCCGCAGUUUGUUUACAGCAAAUUCUGCAUACUAAUAAUACUGAUUCUAUUUAUUUCCGCAUCUUUUAUGCUCCAACUCACUACAGUGAAUAUUCCUUAUGACGGUGUAUUCCAUGAGUUUAUUAUUAAUUAUAAAAUAAUUAUCGGCUUUGUCAAUUGCUAGCAGUUCGGCUGUUAGAGGGGAUAGAAUUUUGUUUGUGUAGAAACUUUCUGUUUGUUUUCAGCUUAAUAAGUUUAAUAUGUUUUCAGAUUAAUAAGGCUAAUGGGUUGACGCUUGGGUUGACAGUCAAUGAAAAAAUAGCUAGUGAAGAUUAUCUCGAAUCCCCUGCUUCUCAUACUAGUUUCUUUCUUGUUUUUUCGCUUUUUUGAAAAUUUGUCUUGUGACGCGCCGAAACCCGCACAUAGUAUUAUAAGGGAAAAACAUGAAGUGAACAUAUUUAGUUAGAACAUAUAAACAUGGAAUCAAUAAAUGAAGUAAGACGCACAACCCGCAUUCGAGUUCAAACACAAUACUCGCGCGCGCCAAGAUCACGCGCAAAGGGUCACACUGGCCCGACAUAGAUCGGCCACACUAAUACAGCAUUAAAUCAGUUGGGAUAUGCGGACACUAUCCGCUGUCAAACCGCUAUAUAAGGCGCACCCCAGCCCUCUAGAAGGCAUUCAGUUCGGCCGGCGAUCGGCGACAAGACCUCCAGGAGGAGGAGCUACCAGGAGAAGGAUCAGCGGUAAGGAAUCGACAGAGCCACAGGAGGCGGGCAAGUAGGUGGUAACUAACUAACCAUAGUAGUAUUUGCAUAUUACGUCUCAUUCUCCGACUCUGUUCACCGACCCGCGUGUACCAUUAGCAGACCUUAUCGACCUCUAAACUCUUCUCAUACAUAGCAGACCUUACGGCCUCUAAACUCUUCUCAUACAUAGCAGACCUCAUCGGCCUCUAAACUGUUCCCAUCCUUAGCAGACCUCAUCGGCCUCUAAACUGUUCUCAUCCUUAGCAGACCUUAUCGGCCUCUACAACUCUUCUCAUACUUAGCAGACCUAAUCGGCCUCUACAACUCUUCUCAUACUUAGCAGACCUAAUCGGCCUCUAAACCAUUCUCACCAGUAGCAGACCUAAUCGGUUUCAAAACUGUUCUCACCGUUAGCAGACCUAACCGGCCUCUAAACUGUUAACUGGCAGACCGGAGCGGUCUAUUCCAACUAUCUCUCUUUCACAGGCAGUGGGGAAACCAUCGGCGACGUGACUCAACGAUCUCGGGAGUCCGGCACCCACCCGUAUCCAUCGCAGAGCUGUACAAUCUUUCCAGGGACGAGACCAGGCGCGCCCGAGCCAACCAGCCGCCGAUCUCGCCACGAGGAUUGCAGCCCAUCUGAAGCGACUGGGAACACAUUGUUUUAUUCCCGAAUAAAGACCCAAUUAUUGUAUCA